UCGAUCAGCAGGUUAUCUUUCAAGAUAAAAAACAGUUCUGGUUGCAAGGUCGCCCUUGAUCUUCUUAUCAAGUGCAAACAAAAUGCAUUUGUUUGUUUACAUUUGUUGUUUAUUUCACGUGGUUUCUUCGCAAAAUGACUCGUUUCAUCUUCUUUCUCGGUUUUGGACAAACACCGGUUUCUGUCCAUUAGGCAACAUUCAAAAUACGCCUAUUUCAAAUUAUCUUCUCUCCAAUGAAAUGAAAAUCCAUUUACAACUGAUUGGAGCUCUGCCGAAUGAAGCUCUAUCAAAUAUACGAAUCCACUGGCUGUUGGAACUUAUUGAAUUGGUGGAAUAUGAAAAACAUCAUAUCCCAAAAUAUGAUUUUUCAAAACUUGACAAAUUCAUUUGGUGGUUGGAUCGAGCUGAAUUAUAUCUGGGUUUUGAAUUGAUGGGAAAUCCUAGUGAAAUAUUUACUAAAAACCAAAAUGAAUCAAUAAUUGAAUUCCUUUGGGAGGAUUUGGCUUUUCAAAUUGGAAAGAGAUAUUUGAAUCGGUUGGGGCCCAGCAAAUUGAAACAAUGGAGAUUUGAAUCCUGGAAUGAACCCGAUUUAAAAAGCUAUAACAUUCUUCAAUUUAAGACAAGAACAUUUGAAGAUUACCUCUUCGCCAUUCGUAGAGGUUUAAAUGCAGCUGGGCGAAGACCUUUAAACGGUGUUAAUUUUAAGCUUCAUGGACCAGCUGGGUUGUUUAAAAAUCUAGACCACCAUCCUUUAUGCUGGCAAUCCCUUCAAAAAUGCAAUGAAAAUCCAAAACACUGUCCAUUUGAUGUUAUUACUUAUCACCACAAAGGUUCGGGAAUCAGUAGCGAAGUUGCUUCAGGUGGGCAACGUUUGAUUAAAGAAAUUUUUUAUAAAUUUCCAAAUCUGAACAGCAUGCCAUUUGCAAACAAUGAAGCUGACCCCAUCGCUGGAUGGUCAACUCCGAGAAGCUUUCAAUCAGAUGUUCGUUAUGCGAUUUCAGUUAUUUCAAUUGUAUUUGACCAUUGGACUGCAAAACUGAAUACCAAAGAGUUUCAAAAUUUACAAUUUAUUAGUCAUGACAACGCCUUCAUUAGUUACCAUCCACAUGAGUUUUCCCAAAGAACUCUAUUUGCACAUUUUCGAAUGAAUAAUUCCAAGCCACAACCGUAUUCGCAAUUUAUUCAGAAACCAGUGUAUGCUGUCUUAGGAAUGAUGGGUAAUUUAGGAACACAUGCGGCCGAUAUUAAAAUUAUGCCCCAAUCAAUAAGGGUUUUAGAAACAACAGAUAAUUACGGUAGAUCUUUUCUCAGUUUAAUAGCUAUUUCGGAUGGACAACCUGGAGAGCAGGAACGUUUUCAAAAAGAAAUUAGCUUAAGAACUAUGAUUGGAAAACGUUUCUCUUACAUUGUGGAAUUCCUUGAAUACCAAAAUACUGAUCCAGUUUACAUUUGGAAUUUGUACGGUUCGCCACCAUUUCCAAAUAGCACUAUUAGAGAAGCAAUGCGAAAAGAUCAAGGACCAAAACUCUAUACAACUGGAAUUUUGAGUCAUCCAUUGUUGCAUGUUAAUCUUCCAAUUCGAUCACCGUGGGUUGUUCAUGUGAGAAUGUGUUCUGAUUUAACGCCAUCUCCACAUCGACCUCAGAGACUUCAUAUAUAUUCCAUCACUUCUAAGGAGAUUCUAUUGAUUUGGAAGGAAAAAUACGCCCCGACGAGGUGUGUGGUUACCUACCAAGUGUGGUUUCUUCGUUUAAAUGGUACAACACGUCAGGAAAUCACUGCUGGAUGGCAUACGCCGUUUCUAUCAUUUCACUUUGCACCUGAGGACCGUAACGUUAAAGGUACCUAUGCUGUCCGCAGUGUUGACACUUUUGGACGUUUAAGUGAAUUUUCAAAAACCAAACAACACAUUUAAAUAAAUUUUAAAAAUACAAAUAGACGGUCAACGAAAUUUUCAAUGCGUUGACACUCUGAGAUCAC